AAUGGGGUGUUUGGAAGUGUCGUAAGGGAAUGGACGCAAUUGGGUAUUGUGGUUUCUGGAACUGGAAACCGUUACCGCCGUCACGACGGCGUCGUAUUCGCUCCAAUUCAGGGUCUUCGGAUUCAACCGGCAGAGGCGGUUACCGGUUCCCUUUGAAGCAGGCGGCGACCGCCGCCUCCCUCGCCCUCACCGGCGACACAAUCGCUCAGCUCAGUGGCCGUUGGAGCAAAGCCAAGGAAGAGGGUAGGGACAGUGACUCUCAGGAUGUGUUGUGGGGCCACCUUUCAGACCAUGAUUGGCUACGUGCUCUGAGAAUGACUUCUUAUGGAUUCCUUUUCUAUGGCCCUGGUUCUUAUGCUUGGUACCAAUCUCUUGACCAUUUUCUCCCCAAACCAACGGUCCAGAACCUAAUACUAAAGGUUUUACUGAACCAGAUUGUGUUAGGUCCAUGUGUCAUUGCUGUUGUUUUUGCAUGGAAUAAUUUAUGGCUAGGGAAGUUCUCACAGCUUCCGGAAAAAUACAGAAGAGAUGCUUUUCCAACGUUACUUUAUGGAUUUAGAUUCUGGAUCCCUGUCAGUGCAUUAAACUUCGGGGUGGUGCCUCUUCAAGCUAGAGUGGCUUUCAUGUCAAUGGGCUCAAUAUUUUGGAAUUUUUUCCUGUCAUCAACUAUGAGCAAGUAAAAUAUGCAUGCGGAGUUUACCAGCAACUUGCAUUGUUUGAAAUUUUUACACAAGAUUAAUCAGGAUCUAAUAGUUUGGGCAAUGACUUGGAUAUCAACAUUUGUGUGCUGUGCAAAAUAUUUUGCCUUCUGAAUAGUUGAUGAUAUCGAAGAACGACUACAUUUUUCCUUUGCUGCUGACAGUUGUAAAAUUGAACUCUUUUUCAUAUGAAACCGACAGUGUAGGUGUUAGCUUUCCCAGAAGGAAUAAAUUUGGGAUAAUUUGUGUACGUUCUUAUGGAUAAUUAUAAAAUUUGAUUAUCAAGAGUGAUAGUUUUUCCCUUAAUCAGAAGUCUUGUGUUCGAAUCUUAAGAAUGAAAAAAAUGAUUUUGGGAGAGUCAACUCCUAUAAUAGGUCUGAUAGUGCUCAAACUAGAUUAAUCGGGUAAUCAAUGAAUAGAUGGAUAUAUUCAAGUGACAGUUUUAGUGUCACCCUUAGAAUGUUCUUCAGAAUGUUUCUGUCCCAUCUUAGCACAUAGCAUGGGCUUAAAUGAGGGGAGCUUCUUGGCAAAUUUUCUUUUUUAGCAUAC